UCCCGCAAAAUGGAGGUCUGGCAGUUCGGCCUGAUUGUGUUGCUUGGCUUCGGAGUAGAUUUGAUUGAAUCUUCGGAUUUUUAUUCUUUAACUGUAGAAGAUUUAAAGGGAAAUGCCGUUCCAAUGAGUGUGUUUAAAGGAAAGAUGUUGUUGAUUGUGAAUGUUGCCAGUGAAUGCGGUUACACAGAUAAGCAUUACAAAGAGUUGGUUGAACUACAGAAAAAGUUUGAUAAUCACGAUUUCAACAUCCUUGCAUUUCCAUGCAAUCAGUUUGGCCAACAGGAACCCCUGAGGAAUAGUGGUAUUGCCAGAUUUGUGAAGAACAAAUACAAUGUGAACUUUCCGGUGUUUUCAAAGAUCAAAGUUGUUGGUCCUGGGGCUCAUCCUUUGUACAAGUAUCUUUAUGCAAGUGCAAAAUAUGCUCCUCAGUGGAAUUUUGCCAAGUAUCUUGUGAAUAGGGCAGGCAAAGUGAUUCAGUUCUGGAGUCAACAUUAUUCACCUUUAGAUCUUGAGAAUUUUAUUGACAAGCAUGUGAAUAUGGCAAUAACUGAUGAAUAUGAAGUCUAUAAUGUUUAUAAGGAACUAUGAUGUAACUUUGAGUUAACUCUUUAACUCUCAUGAGUGACCAAGACAGAAUUUCUCCUUACAAUAUCAAUAUAAUAUCAAGCAGAUAAGUGACGAGAAUAAAGGAAAAUAUUACCCGUAACUAGGGGUUUAUUAGUUGAUACAAUACCAAAUUCUCCAAAUUAACAGCAUAAGAACUACAUGGCAGACAGUAAGGAGAAUUGCUAGUGAGAUCUUGGGAGUUAGAGGGUUGAAAAAAGGGAAUUUUGCCAAAUGAAGUUGCAGUUAAUCUGGUUUUACCACAUACAAAAAAAAAUUAAAAAUAAAUUUUAUUUUUCUGUAAAAGAUUAUCAGCACUUUUUUCUGAAAUUACUUUUCAAUCCUAUGAAGAAAUUUGUUAAAUCAGGGAGUGAUCAGCAUCUAAUUUAAUCUCAUAGUAAUACUGAAUUUUUUUUUACAGUCAUGAGAUUAAAAGAGGUUAUUGCCAAACUAAGAAGUUGAUUUUUAAAUUAAUUACACCAUUUGGCAACCUAAAUUCACAAAUGGUCACCCCUUAAAGGCAAGGUUUAAAUUUCCCACCCCCUGGAAGGGCCUUUUGUGUCUUCCUUGGGUAGAGGCAAUAGUCAAAUACCUGUAGGUCGCACAGUGGGAUGCUGAAGCUUCAAAUUGAUUGGCAGAUAAUUUCAUCAAUAAAUUAAGUGUCGCACUACACUCAAUGGUCCUCUUGUGCAAUGCCUUUGAAUCAGUGUUGGAUUGGACAUUUUGCAUGGAGUUCAAGGAAAUAUUGCAUGCUUCAAGAUCACCUCACAAACACCUUAAGAAUAAUUUUAAAUCUUCAUAUUUAAUACAGAUCACUGUUGAGGAGCUUGAAGCUUAUUGGGUUUGUGCAAGUAUAGCUUUGAUUUUAAAAUUUAUCGUCAUAUUACUGUCUUGUGACGUACCUCUUUCACAAGUUUUUCGUGAUACAUCACUUCUCUUCCAUAACAGUUGUCAAGAACUCAUAACUUACAUGUAUUGAACUGCCUCAACUAAGUUCUUUCCUUUUGGAAACUCAAGAGUUAUCCUUAGUCAAUCAA